CCGUAUCGCAGCAGCACUGGGACCUGCUCAGCUCCUCAUCACAUUCAGCCGGUCAGAGGAUGGAGGCGAGGUGAGCACACAUCUCAUUGGCUCCUGCUGGUCCAUUUAAAGGAAUCCAACUGGUUUGUCCUUUAAGAUCCUUCAGCAUGUCAUAGGAGGAACUUUAAACGUUCGCUAUUUUCUGAAAGGGACCAUAAAUCUUUGAAGAUCCAUUUUGGAGCGUGGAGCAACGUCUUUGAGCCACUUUUAUACACAGCCUACGUAAGAGAAUCUCAUCAGUGAUCGACGAUUUCAGAGCAGGCAAAGCAAUAUUUCUUGCCUCACUAAAAUACCUGGCUAUAAUGCAAGAGGGAUCUCAAUAGGGUUACUUAAAGAGACUUUUUUUUCCAGACCCAAAAGAUAUGAACGAUUAACACUUUUAUUGAUCAGCUGAUCUCGUAUUACUCAAGUCAUGGAACAAUGGGACGUUUUUUUAUAAGUAGCUUCAUUAUAUUUUACCGACGAUAUGGAGAGUUCGCCAUGCGCUCCUUUGGGAACCGCUGCUGUAGGUAACUUUUAUACCAUGGAUUCAGGAGGGCUUUCAACAAGUUUUAGGGCUCGUUUAUCUUCUGGAACGUGAUUCGAAUUGAAGCUGAGGUAAUUACGCAAAGGCUGCAGGAUUUCUGAAGACUUCUGAAGAGGUUUUUGUCAUUCAUUUAUCGCACGAUCCGGAGCAGAUCUCAUCGGCUCUUAUGGGAAUUAAACACUCCUCCCGCUGUUUGCUCCUCAGGAGAAAAAUGGCGGAUUCGGAGAGCACUGAGCAACAGCCCCUGAGUGCCGCCCCAUCCCAGUCGGUCCAGCCAUCUCCUCUGCCCAAACCAGUGUCAUCAGUCCAUCAUGCCCAGCGUCCCACACACCCAUCCCACGCGCCUCACACCCCUCACUCAGCCAGCUUACCCAGCUGCCCAGGCAGAGGAAAAAUGGCCAAGUUCCUCAACCCCGACGAAAUGACCUCAAGGGAUUACUAUUUUGAUUCGUACGCUCACUUCGGCAUUCAUGAGGAAAUGCUAAAGGAUGAAGUGAGAACGUUGACAUACAGAAACUCCAUGUACCAUAACAAACACAUCUUCAAGGACAAGAUCGUGCUGGACGUGGGGAGUGGUACUGGCAUCCUCUCCAUGUUUGCUGCCAAGGCCGGAGCCAAGCACGUGUAUGGGAUUGAAUGCUCAAGCAUAUCAGAAUACUCCGAGAAAAUCAUCAAGGCCAAUCAUCUGGACAGUGUUAUAACCAUCUUUAAAGGGAAAGUGGAAGAGACGGAGCUACCGGUAGACCAGGUGGAUAUUAUCAUCUCAGAGUGGAUGGGUUAUUGCCUUUUUUAUGAGUCCAUGCUCAACACGGUCAUCUACGCCAGGGAUAAAUGGCUGAAACCUGGAGGUCUGAUGUUUCCAGACAGGGCUGCUCUAUAUGUGGUGGCCAUUGAAGACAGACAGUACAAGGACUUCAAGAUUCACUGGUGGGAGAACGUUUAUGGUUUUGACAUGACCUGCAUCAGGAACGUAGCAAUGAAAGAGCCACUGGUGGACAUCGUGGACUCCAAACAAGUGGUAUCCAACGCCUGCCUGAUCAAGGAAGUGGAUAUUUAUACAGUGAAGCCAGAGGAACUAUCCUUCACCUCCUCCUUCUGUCUGCAGAUCCAGAGGAAUGAUUAUGUCCACGCUCUGGUCACCUACUUCAAUAUCGAAUUCACCAAGUGUCAUAAAAAGACUGGCUUCUCUACAGCACCAGACGCCCCAUACACACACUGGAAGCAGACAGUGUUUUAUCUGGAAGAAUAUUUGACUGUGAAAAGAGGAGAGGAGAUAGUCGGCACGGUCAGCAUGAAGCCAAAUGAGAAGAAUGCACGUGAUUUGGACUUUACCUUUGAGCUGGAUUUUAAAGGUCAGCUCUGUGAGGCCGCUAUCGCUCACGACUACAAGAUGCGUUAAGUAUCCAGCAGUGGCGAGAGACGGUUUCUGACAGCACUCAGAGAAGCAGUGGCAGGGGCCGCUCCGGAUCACAGCUACAGCCCCACUGCUGGGAAGAGACAGAGAUGAAGAAUGAGAAAGACCAGGACAGAAGUUGUUAUCUCUGGGAGUCUUGCCAGUGUUUUUGGAGCGGGGUGGCACUUCUAGCAAUAGCAGCCUUGCCUUCACCAACUCUAGCCUGCACUAGCGCGCCAUCUCUCCGACUGUUCAGGGGCCAACUAUGACAACACCCCACUGCAAACAAAAGAAUGUCAUGCUCUUAUGAAUGUUUAAGUGUUAGUUUAUGAUUACUUUGCAUUUACAUUAGGAGUGUGAGUUAAGAUGUUUCAUAUUGAAGGUUGUGCUUCCAAAACAAAGGCAUUAAGAAUAUUUCAAUGUAACAUAUGAUAUUAAGAGAAUAACUCCACUUAUAUAGUAAUAAUUCAUUUAAAUUUAAUCAGUGCUGGACUAUUUCAAUGUAGUAGAGUAAUCUCAUAGAUUUAAAUCAGGUUUUGAUGAAAUCCGAUUACACUAUGAAUUUAAUUUUAUAAUAUGAAGAUCAGUAGGUUCUGCAUCCUAUUGAAAGGGUUACUUCACCCCAAAAAAUGAAAACUUUGUCAUUAAUCACUUACCCCCAUGUCGUUCCAAACCCCUAAAUCCUUCGUUCGUCUUCAGAACACAAUUUAAGAUAUUUUGGAUGAAAACUGGGAGGAUUUUGACUGUCCCAUUGACUGCCAGGUAAAUACCACUGUCAAGACCAGUGUUGGGGAAAGUUACUUUUAAAAGUAGUGCAUUACAAUUUUGCGUUACUCCCUGAAAAAGUAACUAAUUUCGUUACUUAGUUAUUCAGUCAAUCAUGGGACCUCCCGGUUUUCAUCCAAAAUAUCUUAAAUUGUGUUUCGAAGACGAACAAAGCUUUCACGGGUUUGGAAGGACAUGGAGGUAAGCGAUUAAUGACAAAAUAUUCAUUUUGGGGUGGAGUAACCCUUUAUUUAUAUAUAAAACAACAUGUGAACACCGUUUCCUGAGAAUGACACAUCAAUCAUAAAAGAUAAAAGAUUUGGGGCAGUUAUAAACCAACAAAUGUUUCUUGCGUAGAGGAAAACGAAUCAGAAGCGAAUAAUGGAAAUCACGAGAGUACACAAGACUGCAAUACAGUGAUGUGCUGAAAAUGUAAAUUUGUUUUCUAGUAGCUUUAUGAGACUGCAAUAUGUAGUGUUAGUAUUAUUUAUGAUCCUAGAUGUGUGAUACUUACAUUUCCACUUGCAUCUGCUAACUGAGCACAGAGAAAGAGAAAAAGCACAUGAUACAUAUCAACAUAAAGAUAGCAUGAGAAAUGCUGGCUCUGUCUGCGGUGAGAUCUUGAUGAGCUGGACUCAGAUGGCACCUGCUGCUCUUCACCUGUGCUCUUAUUAGAGUCUUUGCCAAGGCAUGACUGGGAUCGUCCCGGUCCAUCUGUGACCCCUGUGCCACAGCUGAUUAUACUGUUCAAGUCCUCACCAAAGACAUUCAGUUCACUUGCAAAGCACAUUGUUCAUUAUGCGUUAUAUUUAUUGUUCAUAGUUUGUUUUUCUAUAGGUAGUAUUUAUCAGAUUCCUUGCUGGAAUAUUGUGCAAUAUUGGGAAGUGUGACUAUCUGUAUCUUUUGUGCAAAGAAUGUUUUCCUCAUCCAAUAUUGUAUUUUCAACUGAUAAGGUGUUUGGUAUUGAAAUUUGAGGUGUUGAUUAUUCUGCCAUGAUUUGAGCAUCUAUCAAGAAAAUAGUAAACUAAUUAAAGCUAAGUAAAAUGUUUAGGUGUACAAUAGCAUGCCUUAUUGAAAGCAUAUUUGGCUGUUUAUGAUGACAUGUUGCUGUUGUGAUAAAAACAUGAAAGUGAAACAAAAAAGACUGAACAUUUAUGAAACGUUGGUGAUGUGAGAUGGUGAAGCAAAUAAAAGUCAU